CGGCGACACCGGGGGGACACUGGGGGACACCGCGGGGCACCGGGGACACCGCGGGGUGGCAGAGACACCGGGGUAGCCCCGCGGAGGGGCCGGCGGGCCGCGGGAGGUGGCGGAGAAUUCCCGGACGAUGCCCCCCGGCCGCUGAAAUUGGGGACAGCGACAUCGCCGGACGGCGCAGGGGACAGAUGGCGACAGCCGGCAAGGGCAGCAAGGGGAAGGGGACAGCAGUGCGCUUCACCCCCGAGGGGACGCAGGGCCACCACCAGGAGGGGACACAGGGCCACGUCCACUUCCAGGAGCAGCUGCACGACUCGGCCGUGAUGGUGACACAGGACAAGGACGGCCACUUCCUGGUCAAGGUGGGAUUCCUGAAGAUCCUGCACAAGUACGAGAUCACCUUCGUGCUGCCCCCCGUGCCGAGCCUGGGGAAGGACAUUUGUCCCCUCCCUGUCCCCAACCCCAACCUGCGCAUCAUCAGCGUCACCUCCCUGCCGGAAGGUACCGUGUCCCCUCCUCGUCCCCAACGUCCCCAUCCUGUCCCCGGCCCUUUCCCAAAGGGGGCGAGGCCACACCCAGGUGUCCCCUCAGUGGCUGGGGGAGGUGACAAUUCCUUGUCCUCAGGGACAUCCUCGGUGUCCCCAAAUUCCCUUAUUUUGUUGUUGUUGGGAUUUUUCUUUCCCGGGGGCUCCAGACCCUGACAGGGGACAGGGACA